AUGGACGACUGGAGAAGAAUCGACAUUGACGCCUUGGAGCCCGAAAACCACUUGCUGAAGCAGGAUUUGAUUCCUGACUUGCCUCCGGUGUCUCACGACGCAAUUGUGAGUGUUUCCAGAAACGUUAAGCAGGCAUUAUCCCUGGGACAAUUCUUACAGGCAUUACAAUCGGCAUUGGACACUCCGCCAUACGUGGCGGAAUCUGCCACCAAGGAUCUUCACGCUGAGACGGUUUUUGAGGUGCUUGUGUCCAUCAAGAACAACCACAACAUCAACGACUUUUCCAACUUUGUCAAACAGUUGGAUUCUGACCAACAAGAUACUUUGAUUAAAUACAUCUACAAAAUUAUGGGAACGACGUAUGGAGCCAAACAGGGUGCAUUGAUGUUGAGUUGGUUCGAAAAAACGGUAGAUGUCACUGGAAUGGGGCCAGUGGUAAGAUUUUACUGUGACCGGAGAACAGUGUAG